AUGGAACUGUGUGCCGCCAAGACCCUUCGUCGCGUCAUUGACCACGAAAAUCUCUCCUCGAACCCCGAUCGAGCUUGGAGCCUGUUCCGUGAGCUCGCCGAUGGCCUGGCCUACAUCCACUCCAAGGGUGUGAUCCAUCGCGAUCUGAAGCCGGCUAACGUCCUGCUGGACGCGGAAGAUCACGUGAAGAUUGGUGACUUUGGUCUGGCCAAACCCAUCACACGCCAUCAGGCGGCCACUGCGAGGAAGGAGCUUGCUUCACUCAUUGUAAGCUCAUCACCAUACUUGUCUUAUUCAAAUCACAUCUAUCUGUGUCUCACUCCCGUUCCCCAUUAA